UUCACCUACGGAAACCUUGUUACGACUUUUGCCCGGUUCAAGCCACUGCGAUUAAAGCGGUUUCCACCAAAGAAUCUCCACCUUACGAAAUUUGAAGGUAUCGAAACAGCAGUCCCCGCUUUUCUCGAAACGGCUCAGUCCCGGGCAGCGACGGGCGGUGUGUACAAAGGGCAGGGACGUAAUCAACGAAUUCCUCGUUCAAGGGAAAUAAUUGCAAUUCCCGAUCCCGAUCAAGGAGGAUUUUCAAGGGGUUACCAUAACUUUUCAGCAAUGCACGCUGAUUCCUCCAGUGUAGCGCGCGUGCAGCCCUGGACAUCUAAGGGCAUCACAGACCUUCUCGCUCGUUAUCGGAAUAAACCAGACAAAUCACUCCACCAACUAAGAACGGCCAUGCACCACCAACCACCGAAUCAUGAAAGAGCUUUCAAUAUGUCAAUCCUCACGCUUUGCAACCAUACUUCCCCCGGAACCGAAAAACUUUCGUUUCCGGGAAGCUGCCCGUCAAGGCGUAUUUACCGCCAACGGAACGCUAGUUGGUAUCGUUUACGGUCAGAACUAGGGCGGUAUCUGAUCGCCUUCGAACCUCUGACUUUCACAUUCUUGGCAAAUGCUUUCGCAGUUGGGCGUCUCGCUACGGUCCAAGAAUUUCACCUCUCACGCAGCGAUACGAAUGCCCCCGUCCGUCCCUCUUAACC